AUGUUGGAGACACAGAAUGAAGCGCCUAUUCAGCCUCCCCCAGUCCUCUGCCGAUGGGAUGUCUGCACUACUGAUCCAGUACUCAAAACGUUCGGUUUCACAACUGUCGAAAUGGUCCUGCGCAGUCCAUCCAUGCCCAUACACCAGCGAUCAUUUCCCCGGUCGAUCAUUAUGAACAACCCUGCAGUGGAAAGGUUCCUGCUGCAAGCGAUCAGCCGUGUCAGGAGUGGUGUUCCCAUCGGGUUCCACUUGCUCCUGCCAGUGUCCAUUGGUUAUGUGGUCAGACAUCAUCGAGCUUCGUAUGCAGGGUUGCGACUGGGUACUGGCGGGGCAAUUGGGAUCAUCCAGUCGAGAAACAUACCGGGUGUGAUCGUAACGGAGGCGCUGAACCAGGUGAGGACGGCCAUUGCCAACCGGUUGAGUUUCCGCUGGCUCCUGCUGGACCCGGUGCAAUCCUGUCGUCUUGCCAUGGUGGAGGUUCGACGGCAUCACAAGUCCAUUGAAGCAGUUUAUAGUCUUGGGAUCCAGCUCAUUGUCCUCGAACAGCCAGGCCACUGGCUGGAACCCGAUGAUGGGCCCUAG